CCUUGGUUCGUUGAUUACCGCGUACAAGUCUAUGGCUCGGUUGUAACUCAAAACCACUUGUCUCUCAUUGUUAGUCAUGGAUGUGGAAGGAAAAAUUGCUCUUGUGACCGGCGCCGCCAGUGGAAUAGGUUUCGCCUACGCCACGGAACUUUUGAGAAAUGGAGCUAAACACGUUGCUAUUCUCGACUUGGCAAGUUCGAACGGCGAGGAAUCGGCGAAAAAAUUGAACGCAGAAUUCGGAAAUGGAAAAGCAAUCUUCAUCGUCUGCGACGUGACGAAGGCCCAAGAAUUUGAAGCCGCGUUCUCCAAGACUGAAAAAGAGUUCGGUGGUCUCGACAUCGUCAUCAAUAACGCUGGAAUAAUGGACGACGCUAGGUGGGAGCUUGAAAUUGCUAUAAACUACACUUCCGUCGUGCGCGGAACUAUUUUGGGCUACCAGUACAUGGGUAAGGACAAAGGGCACAAAGGGGGCGUCAUCGUCAACAUAUCAUCGGUCGCAGGCCUAAUCACGGGUCCAAGUUUUCCUGUUUACAUCGGUACGAAGCAUGCAGUCAUCGGUCUGACUCGAUCAUUCGGGCUGCCUUAUCACUUCGAAAAGACGGGUGUUCGUAUAAUCUCGAUAUGCCCAUCCUUCACCAACACAAAACAGAUAACAGAAUGCGUUGGACGGACUCUAGACAUCGUGGAGCAAGAAGAAGUCGACGAAUUGGUUUCCACUUUCACUCUGCAAAAACCGGAGAGCGUCGCUGUAGGUGUUCUGCACAUCAUACGCGUUGGAAAUAAUGGCAGCAUCUGGGUUGUCGAGAAGGGGGAACCGGGGUACGAAGUCCAGUUAGCCGAUGAGCCAGUGAAAAAGGUUUCUGCCUGAGGUCAGCGACAAAUCGUGUGAUCAGGUAGAUUACGACAAAAAAUCGUGAAUCUUUUUUUUUGAAAACAAAGCAACACUGUCGUACUCUAUGAGUCGUCAUCAGGAUUGAUCAAGUGAAGUUCUAUGUAGGUACUUUGCUCUGUAGCCAUUUAAGACCAUGUAGCAAUCUCU